AAAUCCAUGGGACUGAUGCAGUUUUGUUUCCCUCAGCCAGAGGACAUGUUUGUGUGUGACCUGGAGGAGCGAGACAUCAGCUGUCCUCCAGCAUGGAAGAACCUCACCAAGAGCCAGUGCACCCCCCUCUUUAUGAAUGCCUACACUAUGAGAGGAGCCCAGGCGGUGAUCCACACUCAUUCCAAGGCCGCAGUCCUGGCCACUCUGCUGUACCCGGGCACAGAGUUCCGCAUCACGCACCAGGAGAUGAUCAAGGGCAUCCGCAAGGGCACCUCCAGAACCAACUACAGAUAUGACGACAUGCUUGUGGUCCCUAUCAUCGAGAACACUCCAGAAGAGAGGGACCUGAAGGAGCGCAUGGCCCGGGCCAUGGAGCAGUAUCCAGAGUCCUGUGCAGUACUGGUGCGCAGGCAUGGGGUGUACGUGUGGGGGGAGUCCUGGCAGAAGGCCAAGACCAUGUGUGAAUGCUACGACUACCUGUUCGAUGUGGCCGUGCAGAUGAAGCAGUGUGGCCUGGACCCUACAGCCCUGCCCACAGAGAAGGGCAUCGUCUGACCCCCCACUGCUUACCCACAAUUCCACAGCACCCGGCCUUCUGGGAGAACAGACUGUAAUCACAAGCCAUUGACUGUGGCCAUAGAACUCUGAUGAGGGGCCAUUUAGAGAAUCAGAAGGAAACUAUAACUAUGGGACAGUUAAACGUGUGGAAUCAGCUCGCCUGGUUCACUGCAUUAUAGUCUGGGUGUAUUUGGUUCAUUUUGUACAUCUGAUAAAAAAGUGAGACAAAGCAUUUAUGAGUUAUAAUCAGAAAACAAAUAAACUUCAAUUUAAAGAGGGG